UUUUCCAGUUUGGAUAAGAAGGCCGUCUUUAAAGUUGAUGGAGGUUACUCUCCAUGGGGUACAUGGAGUAAGUGUAGCAGGUCAUGUGGAUUUGGUAAUCAGUUGCGCUCUCGAACAUGUACCAAUCCCGCGCCAAAAUAUGGAGGACGAACAUGCUAUCAACAGCGGAGACUGGGACGAGCUACAGAAUGGAGAAGGUGCAACACAAAUGUUAAUUGUCCAGUUGAUGGAGGUUACUCUUCAUGGGGUACAUGGAGUACGUGUAGCAGGUCAUGUGGAAUAGGAAUCCAGUUGCGUUCUCGAACAUGUACCAAUCCCGCGCCAAAAUAUGGAGGACGAACAUGUUAUCGACUGGGACGAGUUACAGAAUGGAGGAGGUGCAACGCAAUUUUUAAUUGUCCGGUUGAUGGAGGUUACUCUUCAUGGGGUACAUGGAGUAUGUGUAGCAAGUCAUGUGGAUUUGGAUAUCAGUUGCGCUCUCGAACAUGUACCAAUCCCGCGCCAAAAUAUGGAGGACAAACAUGUUAUCGACUGGGACGAGCUACAGAAUGGAGGAGGUGCAACGCAAUUUUUAAUUGUCCAGUUGAUGGAGGUUACUCUUCAUGGGGUACAUGGAGUAUGUGUAGCAGGUCAUGUGGGGGAGGAUAUCAGUCGCGCUCUCGUACAUGUACCAAUCCUGCGCCAAAAUAUGGAGGACGAACAUGCUAUCAACAGCGGAGACUGGGACGAGCUACAGAAUGGAGAAGGUGCAACACAAAUGUUAACUGUCCAGUAGAAGGAGGUUACUCUUCAUGGGGUACAUGGAGUAUGUGUAGUAGGUCAUGUGGAAUAGGAUAUCAGUUGCGCUCUCGAACAUGUACCAAUCCCGCGCCAAAAUAUGGAGGACGAACAUGCUAUCAACAGCGGAGACUGGGACAAGCUAGAGAAAGCAGGAGGUGCAACACAAAUGUUAAUUGUCCAGCUUGAGAGAACGAUCGCCCAGAUGGUUUCUGCUACAAGUGGGUGUCCCUAUGCUCAAGCAAU